UCACCCACCUUCGCAUCAUCGAUCGUCGCCAUUGCUUAUUCCUUUUUAUUUGGGCGUCCAUUGGGUGUGUUCUUUUGUUUUUUCUCAACAAAAAAUAGUUAAAAAUGUAGCUUAAAGUCAUUACAAGUGUAAUUUCAUCAUAUAGGCAGAAGCUUUUUUGUUGUUUUAUUGUGUGGUUUCAGAUCCCUAGGAUGGGACCUCAGUUUACGUUAACCAAAUGGAUAUCUACGAGCAACAAGGCCAAGACAUAACCGCAUCAGAUAUGGUAAUGCCAGAAGAAGACAGCGACAUUCGGGACUUCUACAAAGGUUCCUCGAUAUUCAUCACGGGGGCAACCGGGUUCCUUGGAAAACUAGCGGUGGAAAAACUGCUGAGAACCUGUCCGGACCUAAAGAAGAUUUUCAUAUUGAUUAGAGAGAAAAAAGGGAAAGACGUGAAGCAGCGAUACGAAGAGAUUUUCAACGAACCGACAUUCGACUACUUGAAACGUCACAAUCCGACGUUCAAGGAAAAAAUCCAAACGGUCAUAGGCGACGUCGGUUUGCCCGAUCUCGGAUUAAACGACAUCGACAGGUACACGUUGGUGCAAGAGGUGGAUUGUGUACUGCAUUAUGCUGCCACGGUGAGGUUCGAUGAAAAAUUACGUUUGGCCACUUAUAUUAACGUUAGGGGAGUGAGGGAUCUUAUUCGGUUGGCUAAGGAGAUGAAACAUUUGAGGGCUUUUCUUCACGUCUCCACCGCCUUUUCGAACUGUACCCACAAAGAAAUCGAUGAAAAAUUUUACGAGCCUCUAAUAACCGGAGAAAAAUUACUAAACUUAGUCGAAUGCUUGGACGAUGACCAGUUAGAUCAGAUAACCAAGACAGUUCUGAGAGACUUUCCUAACACUUACGCAUUUACGAAAUGUGUUGCCGAGGAUAUAGUGAGAAAAGAAGCAACGAAUAUACCAAUAGCAUUAUAUAGACCAUCCAUAGUAAUAGCAACAGUAAAAGAGCCAGUAUCAGGUUGGAUAGACAACAUAUAUGGGGCCACUGGGGUUUUAAUCGGCGCAGCGGUAGGAUUACUGAGAUCCCUCUACGGCAAAAAGGAGAAUUAUGCCGAAAUGGUUCCCGCCGAUUACGUUAUCAACUCUUGUUUAGCUGCCAUGUGGGAAACUGCCACAAUCAAGUCAAUGAAUGACAAUAAAGAAAUCGAAGAUAAGGAGAGCAAAUAUGAACGGGAAAUUCCGGUGUACAACUACGUCAGCACGCCCCAAAAUCCAUUGACGUGGGAUGAAUUUUAUACGCUCUCGUCCAAACAUGCCAAACAAAUACCGUCGGAAAAAGUGGUGUGGCAUCACAUGUUCAAGAUGAGAUCGAACUAUUACGAGCACAUGUUGGCCGUGUUUUUUUUGCACACCAUCCCCUCAUAUCUGGUGGAUUUCGUCUUGUUGUGUUUACGUAAGAAACCGAUGUUAGUAAAAGGUUAUCAAAAAAUCAACAAAUUCGCAGACGUCCUGGCUUACUUCACCUUGAACCAGUGGAAGUUUAAAAACGACAACGUCCAAUCGCUCUGGAAAAAAAUGAAGAAACACGACAAGGAGUUGUUCGAUUUUAACAUCGAGGCACUUAACUGGGACAUGUACUUCUAUACGUAUACAAGAGGUGCCAGGGUGUAUUUGUUGAAAGACCCCCUGGACACGAUCCCGCAAGGCACCGUCAAAUACUACAAGCUGAUGUUUCUGCAUUACACCUUCCUAAGUUUAUUCUGGUUCCUGGUGUUUAAAUUUUUUAUGACGGCGUUUAAUGCUUUAUUAGGAGCCUUGUAGUGCAUGAAAUUUUAAUCUUGAUUUAUUGGCGAAUUAAUUGGGUGUUUGCCAAUGAAUCAAGAAGCUGAUAAAGUAUUUAAACAAUAAAUUUAAUACAGUAAAUGUAUGGUUCCAUAGUAAUUAAUAACAAUCCUUAAUAAAAUUCGGGGCAAAGAUGGAAUUUUGUGAAGGAUCUUUCACGAAAAAAGUGUACAUUAAGCUAAGCGAACCUAAAAGUUUAUAUUUACAGUCACAAUCGCAUGAUGUUCAACGUAUUCUUUAAAACUCAAUUUGGUUUAUUUCAUUUCACUUAUCCAAAAAAAACUGAAAUUAGUAUCCAUAGGCACAGAUUCUUUUUUACUUCAUUAUGAUAAGCUUUAAAUUGAAUGAACAUUUCACAAUUAUUUACGGAUCAACAUGAAACUUAGACAAGAAGAGAGACGGAAUCAAGAACCAAAUUUCAAUGCAGCACAUCAGAGGAAUAUUAAAGGCUAUUUCCAGAGAAUUUGAAAUACAAAAAUAUUUGGAAAAGUAGAUAAAUGAUACAUCGUUAAGCUUUUUAUAGUGUAAAGUCAAAAAGUGUUUAAUUAGAAUCAUUAUCAAGGAACAAGCAAGCAAAUUCCUACCUAAAGAGCCUAAAAGUAUUUUUUGGGUUUGAUUUAUUUAAAAUUAAAUUGAUAUCUCGAUCUCUCCAAUUUACUGAACUAAUUUGGUAUGAGAAGAAUUUUUUUUUGUGGUAAAGCGAGUUAUUUUAAGAGAAAUCUCAAGUGUCAAUGGUUAACUAUAAAACAAACUUACCGUAAAAUCAUUUGUAAAUAGAUAAUUUACAGUAGAUGUUAUGUAGAUGUUAGGAACUUCGUAGGAGGUAGAAAGUAUGUUUCAAUAAAAAUAUGAUUUUUUUUUUCUUUUAUUUAAAUAGAACUGUCUAAUAACUAUAUUUUCACAAUAGAAACAAAAGAAUAAAAAAUAUUAAGAAUAUAAUAAGCAGAAA